UUUUUGGAAAGUUUUACCAGAGAUUUCAUUGCAGAAGUAUUCAUGACCCCUGUGACAAUGGCAGAAAGUAGUGGACAGGAAAAGGCAAGAUGGAUCACAACAGUUAUCAUGAGUUCAGCUCUCCAGAGUCAUGAAGUUUCAGAAUCUCUACAGAGUCAACACCACAGAGUUCGAUAUUCAGAUUCGGUGGAAAAUGGAUCCAUGAUUUUUUCUCUUUCUGGCAUUGCAUUUCUAUUGGCAGACACACAAGACUUAUUUAAGACAGGAGGAGAACUGUUUUUAGGCAGAACUGAGAAGUUCAUAAACAUUCAUCGGAAUAGUUUUUUGCUCUUGUCAGCUGCCUUGCAUGGACCAAAAGAAUGGGAUUUAAUGUUCAGGAUUCAGAAAAGAUUCCUGGGCAGUAAUUUACGAGUAAUUCCAGUUCAUAACACUGCUGAAACUGUUAAACUCAUGCUAACUAUAGCCAAGAUCACCUGCAAACCACACAUAGACAACAUUCGCUACAGAAUGCUAAUGGCAAAAGCCCAGAUCAUAGACCAGAGUCCAGUUUGGAAAAUGCUUCACAAGAUCCAGUUGGAUUGUAACUAA